AUGCAGGCAGCUGCGAACGAGAUCUUUGGGCUGGCCGGAAGUGUACUGGUCGAGAAAACUCGGGCGUGUUGUAAAGGGUUCUACGGUCUGGACUGCACUUCCUGUCCCGGAGGAUUCCAGACACCCUGUUCUGGACACGGCCAGUGUGUGGAGGGGAUCUCAGGGAACGGCUCUUGUAUCUGCGAGCAGAACUUCGGAGGCUCUCGCUGUCAGUUCUGCUCGUCCUCCAGCAGGUUCGGACCCACCUGUGACAGAACCUGUCCCUGUGUCCACGGGCAGUGUGAGAACCGUCCAGAUUCAGACGGACGCUGUAAACCGAACUCGUGUCAGCCGGGCUUCACCGGGCGGUUCUGUGAGAGACAGACGGCGCCGUGUGGCCUUCAGGUUCACUUCUGUCACGCUCACGCUGACUGCGACUUCACCCCGGGGGCGUGGGCGUUCAGGUGUAUUUGUAAACAUGGUUACCAAGGUGACGGGAUCACCUGUGUGGAGGCGGACCUGUGCGCACCCCCCCUCCGUGGAGGCUGCAGCGUUAACGCCAAGUGUGUGCGCAGCGCUCCUGGAGCUCACAGCUGUCAGUGUCUGAGCGGCUGGAGGCGGGACGGAGACGACUGUCAGCCAAUCAACAACUGCCAGGCGCCUGAGGGGGGGGGCUGCCAUCCCAACGCCUCCUGCAUCUACGUGGGACCUGGACAGAGUGACUGCAGCUGUAAGCCGGGCUACAGAGGCAGUGGCAGCAACUGUGAGGCGGUGAACCAGUGCGUCUCCCAGCGGGGGGGCUGCCACCACCUGGCGACCUGCCAGCUGCUGUCCUCUCAGUGGACAUGUGUCUGUGACGAUGGAUACUCCGGAGACGGACAUGUGUGUUAUGGGACCGUCUUCCAGGCGCUGAUGACUCUGCCGGACGUUUCUGAGUUCUCCACCUGGACCACUGACUCUGGUGUGUCCUGGUCUCUGUCGGAUCAGAACCUCACACUCCUGGUCCCGUCUUCAGCUGCCGUCUCUAAGAUGUCCUCAGAGGACAGAAGCUUCUGGACCCUGAAGGGCAAUCUGCCCAGCCUCCUCAGGAAUCACAUGAUCCCGGGGAACUUCCCGUUAUCCAGCCUGAGCAGCACUUCCUCUCUGACCUCGCUCCUCAAGACAUCACUUCCUGUUUCCACCACCAACCAGGUGCAGUUUUCUGUGGGAGGAGCCACCAUCACCACGGCUGACAUCGCUGCCACCACACGGACUGAUCCACGUCAUCGACCAGGUCUGGUUCCCGACAGGAAGCUGAGUGAAGGUCUGCUGGAGACGCUCGACUACAACCUGACGGAGGAGAUCGAGCAGGCGGACGAGUUCACCGUCUUCGCUCCGACAAACGCCGCCGUCACGGAUUACCUCACCAAGAUGGCUGCCACCGCUCUGGUACGGUACUCAUUCCUGAUCAACUGGUAG